GCAAACUCAUCAGACAAAACGCGAAUUGCUUCCACUUUAAAUAUGGCGCGAAUGUGGGUGUCUGUCGGAGUCGUCCCAGUUGAACUUUUACCGCCAGGUUGAUGGAAUACUCAAGAAGAACGGUAUUAAGAGCACCCAAAAUCGACAUGCAUGUAUGGAGAGGUAUAUCAGGACCACACCAAAUGGAGGUCCUUGAUCUUUGCCUACCUCUCUGGGUUACGGGCGUGAGUUAUGUUGUUCUUUUGUUUUCAUGGUGCUCUUUCCCCUUUAAAAAAACUUGUUUACAGUGUUUCGCGAUACUCGGCGUAUCUCUCGGCAUGACGUCUACCAGUCAAGUAAUGUCAUUCAGCUCCGUUCUGCUGCCGCAACUGAGGUCAGCACAGGAUGUUGACGAUGAAACUGCUUCGUGGAUAGCCUCAAUCACGGGCAUAUCUUUCUUCUUUGGCUUGAUGAUGACACCAACUUUGAUGGGUAGAUACGGCCGCAGAACUAUUACACUACUGACCUCUGGCAUACUUACUGCCACUUGGUGCAGUUUACUGCUCACUACUAAUGUAACUGUCAUCCUAUUGGUGAGAUUCAUUCAGGGAUUCUGCUUAGGAUUCGCCGCCAUCAUAGUUCCUGUCCUGAUCGGGGAAUAUUCCAGCCCGAAGUACAGAGGGGCGUUCUUAACCACCAUGUCACUGGCUAUAUCUUUAGGGGUGCUGUGCAAUCAUACGGUCGGUGCGUUUUAUUCCUGGCAAACUGCUGCUCUAGUCUGCUGUUUGACAGCCCUGGUGAAUACAAUCGUAGCAAUAUUAUCUCCGGAAUCACCUAGUUAUUUAGCAUCAUGUGGGAAGUAUGAAGAUUGUAGACGCGCAUUUCGCUGGCUGCGAUACCCUGAAGAAGAAGAGGAGCUGGAGAAGAUGAUCAGAACCCACAUGGUGGAACUCGAAGGAAAAGUAUCCAAGACUUUUAUUGCCAAUUUGCAGCAUAAGAUUGUAAACUUUUUCGUGAUUUGGAAGAAAAAAGAAUUCUACAAACCUAUUAUUAUAAUUUUUCACUUGCACAUUAUAAACGAGUGGUCUGGAGCGACCACUUUCGAUGCGUACACUUCGGAUAUAUUUCACAGACUAGUCGGUCAAGACAUUGACGUAUCUUUAAUGAUAAUCUCCACAGACAUCCUUAGAACUGUAUCAAGUUUUUGCACAGUUCUGUUGAUAAGGAAAUUCCUAAGAAGGUUGAUGCUUUUGAUAACGAUUUCUAGCAAUAUACUCUCUUAUAUCACUAUAAUAAUCUAUUCGUAUGCAAAAACACAUCAGCUGAUUAAAGAUUACAAGUGGAUAGGAGUAUUUCUUAUACAUAUUCACGUUUUCACGUUUUCUGUAGGCAAUUUGUGUGUGCCAAAUAUCCUCGCUGGGGAAAUAUUUGCGUUUGAAUACCGAGGUAUGUCAAACAUGUUGGCCCAAAUGUUUUUCUGUCUAAAUUAUAUUGCAAGCACAAAAACAGCGCUACACAUGUUGAAAAAUUUCAACUUGCAUGGUAUGUUUGGAUUAUAUGUGUCAAUGGUGGCAUAUGGAUUGUUGGUGACAUGGUUCAUAUUACCUGAGACCAAGGAUAAAACACUACAAGACAUCGAAGAUGAGUUCCAUGGAAGACCACGAGAAACACAAGAAGUGGAGAUUUUAAAUAGGCUUUUUGUAUCGAAAUAAAUGUAAAACAAAAUUGUUAUAAUAUUUAAGAUUCUUAUAAAAAAUAUAUUGUUAUGUUUGUCUAUUUGUUUCCUCUGAAA